AUGCCGGCCCCAAGACCUGCUCACUUGGAGCCUUCCGAGCUAGGAACGAAGGAAUACUGGGACAACUUGUAUGCUACUGAGCUGGCCAACCAUGAGAGCAACCCCGAAGACACAGGCACGGUUUGGUUCGAUGACGCAGACGCCGAGGCCAAAAUGGUCCAAUUCUUGGCCGAGCUGGACGACGAAGGCAACCUGAACGCCCGGACCAUUCUGGAUUUGGGUUGCGGCAACGGUUCUCUGUUGCGUGCGGUCCGUGACGAGAUUUUUGCCGAUGGGGUGCCAGACGAGGACACCGAAGUAAGACUGCUCGGUGUAGACUACAGUGAAGCCAGCGUCUCGUUGGCACGAUCUGUGGUUGGCGAGGUAGCCGAUGCAGAGACGGGUGCGGGUGCGGACGGUUUGCCCAUCUCGUUCGCCGUCUGGGACAUGCUGCAGGGAUCGGCCUCUGAGCUCGUCCAAGACGGCCAGGCCGCGGCCUGUUGGGACCUGGUCUUGGACAAGGGCACCUUUGACGCCAUCAGCCUCGGGAACACAACUCGGGACAAUGACGACGGCGGCGCCGGCGAGAGUCCCAGUGUCGAGGUCCAGUACCGCACCCAGGUACUGAACCUCCUGCGGCCGGGUGGCCGGUUUCUGAUUACGAGCUGCAACUGGACCGAAACGGAGCUCUGUGCAUGGAUGGAGGACGAGGAAGAGCGCGAGCGGGCCGCACAGAACGGCGGCGCAUGGCUGGUCAAGGCAGGCCGUGUGGCGUACCCGAGCUUCCAGUUUGGAGGCGUGCAGGGUCAGACGGUAUGUACGGUAUGCUUUGAGAAGCGUGUCGCACCAGUGUCAUGA